GAGCAGUUCGACCAACAUGGCAGCGAGUCAGAGCGAGCUGGACCGGCAGAUCGAGCAGCUCAAGCGCUGCGAGUACCUCAAGGAGUCGGAGGUCAAGGCGCUGUGCCAGAAGGCGCGCGAGAUCCUCGUGGACGAGAGCAAUGUGCAGCGCAUCGACGCCCCCGUGACGAUCUGCGGUGACAUCCACGGCCAGUUCUACGACCUCAAGGAGCUGUUCAACGUGGGCGGGGAGUGCCCCGAGACCAACUACCUGUUCAUGGGCGACUUCGUGGACCGCGGCUUCUACAGUGUCGAGACGUUCCUGCUGCUGCUGGCUCUGAAGGUGCGGUACCCGGACCGCAUUACGCUGAUCCGCGGCAACCACGAGAGCCGUCAGAUCACGCAGGUCUACGGCUUCUACGACGAGUGUCUGCGCAAGUACGGCUCGGUGAACGUGUGGCGAUACUGCACGGAAAUCUUCGAUUAUUUAAGUCUGUCUGCGAUCAUCGAGGACAAGAUUUUCUGCGUGCACGGCGGCCUGUCCCCGUCGAUCAACACGCUCGACCAGAUUCGCAUCAUCGACCGCAAGCAGGAAGUCCCGCACGACGGGGCUAUGUGCGACUUGAUGUGGUCCGACCCUGAGGACAUCGACGGCUGGGGUCUCAGUCCUCGUGGAGCUGGAUACCUCUUCGGCGGCGACGUCGUGGAGAAGUUCAACCAGACGAACGACAUUCAGCUAAUCUGCAGAGCGCAUCAGCUCGUGAUGGAGGGUCACAAGUCCAUGUUCAAUAACGCGCUGGUGACUGUCUGGUCGGCGCCCAACUACUGCUACCGAUGCGGCAACGUCGCGGCCAUCCUGGAGCUGGACGAGAACCUGGAGCAGCGAUUCAAGAUUUUCGAGGCUGCGCCGCAAGACGCGCGUGGUGUGCCUGCAAAGAAGCCCGCUCCAGACUACUUCCUGUAA